AACAAAUCCCAUAUCAUCUCCCCCUCUUAAUAAUGUUUUCUUUUUACUUGAUUAGCUUUUAAUUGUCACGCACUCUGCAUUUUUUCCCUGAGGUAUUAUUUCCAGAAGGCAGCGAAAUAUGACUCAAUGGCUAAUUUGCUUUUUAAAAACUAAACAAAACUUAGGCCAGCUGCCAUUUAAGAAGGGCUCCGGCGCCUCCAGACGCGGUGUGACCGCAGCCGUGCCCGGUGCUCCGCUCGCGGAGGCGUUAAGGCGGCAGGUUUAUCUCACUUGAGACCUUUCCUUCCUUUUUCAUCUUCUCCGGGCUCCGGCGCAGCAGGCCGCAGGGGCGGGGACUCGCAAGAACGCGGCAUCCUGGCUGGUGGCCGAGUUACCGAAGCUCAGAACCCCGCGUCCCAGAAUCGCUGAGAGCCGGCCCCGCACGGGGGACUGGGAGCGCCACACGCCCUCCACCCAGUGAGGCGGGCGGGCCGGGAGGGGCGGGGCCUCGGGACUCCGCCCACGCCUCCGUCUCCUCCGCGCUCCGCCACAGCCGGCCGACACCACACAAGCCGGGGAGCCGCCGCCGCCACCUCUGAGCAGCCGGCCGGGAGCGAGAGCCGACAGCUAGUCUGCGAGCCGCCGCCAUGGGGAACCGCGUCUCGCGGGAAGACUUCGAGUGGGUCUACACCGACCAGCCCCACGCCGACCGGCGCCGGGAGAUCCUGGCAAAGUAUCCAGAGAUAAAGUCCUUGAUGAAACCUGAUCCCAAUUUGAUAUGGAUUAUAAUUAUGAUGGUUCUCACCCAGUUGGCUGCAUUUUACAUAGUAAAAGACUUGGACUGGAAAUGGGUCAUAUUUGGGGCCUAUGCGUUUGGCAGUUGCAUUAACCACUCAAUGACUCUGGGUAUUCAUGAGAUUGCCCACAAUGCUGCCUUUGGCAACUGCAAAGCAAUGUGGAAUCGCUGGUUUGGAAUGUUUGCUAAUCUUCCUAUUGGGAUUCCAUAUUCAGUUUCCUUUAAGAGGUAUCACAUGGAUCAUCAUCGGUACCUUGGAGCUGAUGGCGUCGAUGUAGAUAUUCCUACCGAUUUUGAGGGCUGGUUCUUCUGUACCGCUUUCAGAAAGUUUAUAUGGGUUAUUCUUCAGCCUCUCUUUUAUGCCUUUCGACCUCUGUUCAUCAACCCCAAACCAAUUACUUAUCUGGAAGUUAUCAAUACCGUGGCCCAGGUCACUUUUGACAUUUUAAUUUAUUACUUUUUGGGAAUUAAAUCCUUAGUCUACAUGUUGGCAGCAUCUUUACUUGGCCUGGGUUUGCACCCAAUUUCUGGACAUUUUAUAGCUGAGCAUUACAUGUUCUUAAAGGGUCAUGAAACUUACUCAUAUUAUGGGCCUCUGAAUUUACUUACCUUCAAUGUGGGUUAUCAUAAUGAACAUCAUGACUUCCCCAACAUUCCUGGAAAAAGUCUUCCACUGGUGAGGAAAAUAGCAGCUGAAUACUAUGACAACCUUCCUCACUACAAUUCCUGGAUAAAAGUACUGUAUGAUUUUGUGAUGGAUGAUACAAUAAGUCCCUACUCAAGAAUGAAGAGGCACCAAAAAGGAGAGAUGGUGCUGGAGUAAAUAUCAUUAGUGCCAAAGGGAUUCCUCUCCAAAACUUUAGAUGAUAAAAUGGAAUUUUUGCAUUAUUAAACUUGAGACCAGCGAUGCUUAGAAGCUCCCCUGGCACAAUUUCAGAGUAAGAGCUCAGUGAUAUCAAAAAGUGAAUCUGGCUUUUAAACAGUCAGCCUGACUCUGUACUGCUCAGCUUCACUCACAGGAAACUUGGGACUUGUGUAUUAUCAUCAUUGAGGAUGUUUCACUCAUGUCUGUCAUUUUAUAAGCAUAUCAUUUAAAAAGCUUUUAAAAAGCUAUUUUGCCGGGCACGGUGGCUCAUGCCUGUAAUCCCGGCACUUUGGGAGGCCAAGGUGGGUGGAUCACCUGAGGUCAGGAGUUCGAGACCAGCCUGGCCAACAUGGUGAAACCCCAUCUCUACUAAAAAUGCAAAAAUUAGCCGGGCGUGGCGGCGCAUGCCUGUAAUCCCAGCUGCAUGGGAGGCUGAGGUGGGAGAAUUGCUUGAACCCAGGAGGCAGAGGCAGAGGCUGCAGUGAGCCGAGAUUGUGCCACUGCACUCCAGCCUGGGCAACAGAGCAAGACCUCAUCUCAAAAAUAAAUAAAUAUAUAUAAAAAAUAAAAAGCUAUUUCUAGAUUAUUUCACUAUAAACUUUUGCUUUAUUAAAAAGCUAAUAAAUGGCUAUUAAUCACAGUGUAUUAGUAUUUGUUACAUUUUUGUAUUUCACUAUCUUUAUACUAUAUAAUACGGUAACCUGGGUACUGGGGGAACUUUAAAAUUUCAUCUCAAAAAUAAUUUUAAAAAGCCUGAGGUAUGAUAUAGCAUAAAAGAUUGAGAUGAAAAUAUAUUUCCCUGUAAGCCGAAUUACUCAUUUAAAAAUUUUAACUUCUAUAUGGGACCCGAAUUAGACACUGCUGAAUCCUGUACAGCCUUACUCAUAAAUAAAGUACUUACUGAAUUUCCACCAUUCAAA